AUGGAUUUCGAGUUAUCACAGGUAGAUACACUUGCCUCUUUCUUCUUCGUCUCGCCUCCACUCGUCCUCGCGUUGUGCCCCGUCAGCUGUGGCGCCACCUGCGAAGCUCAGCUAGGCAGCGAAAUGGCGCGACGAGUGGCUCUGUCGACUCGGGAAAAAUGGAAAGAAGAGAAGGGUCGGCGGAAUCGGGCAGGGAGAUGUGACGAGGAAAUGAACCCACUGUUCAAAGGGGACAGCGAUGGCGAUAAAUCGAGGGAGCGGAAGUUGAGGCGGUGCCAGCAGCUAGGGUCGAGGGAGGCGCGGUACCAGGACUUGCAGACGAAGGGGACGGCGACGGCGAGAUCUCCGAGGGCGAGGCGGCGGAAGGGGAAGAGGGAGAUGAGUUUAAGGCCACGGAAUUCAGGAGAGUUAUCCCAUCCCCACGAGGUUGCAGAGAUCAGGACGAUGCCUAGAGAUAGUGUCGGCGAGGAGGAAGAAGAAGAAGAAGAAGAAGAAGACAAGGGAACAUUGCUGUCGUGGGACGCCAUUCUACCUGACGAACUCCUGCAGAAGGUGCUCUCCUUGUUGCCCAUCGCCAACAUCAUCAAAUUGAGCAUCGUGUGCAAACGGUGGUAUGAGGUGGUUCACUCCUGCCCCCCGAUGUCGUGGGAGAUGAUGGCGCCACAGAAGCCAUUGUUCUUCAGAUCCUGCUUUAACGACUGUGCCUUCUCGGGCAUCGUGUACGACCCUUGUCUCCUCCGAUGGUGCAACUUCAACUUCCCCCGCUUAGAAAAGAGUAUGUGGUGCACAUCCUCCUCAUGCGGCCUGGUCUGCUUGAUGAACCCCAAUGACGAGAGCCGCUUAUUGGUCGGCAAUCCCAUCAAGAGAGACUGGAAGCAGCUUCCUCAAGUCCCCGCCGGCUCUUUCCCUCACUGCAUCGCGCUCGCCUUGUCGUUUGACCGCCGCACACGCGGCUACACCGUGGUAGUCGCCAAGUGCACCCGCACCCAGCAAUUGCCAGGGAAGUCCAAGCAAUGGCACUUAUCGGUCCACAUGUACCAAUCGACGACGAAAUCGUGGGCCACUCCCUUCGCCCAAGACCUCGGCCUCUGGAAAGGCAGCUACGAGGCCGUCAUAUGCGACGGCGUGCUCUACUACUUCAUGAGCCAUCAGGAUCUGACCACCCCCCACUUAAUGGCGUUCGACCUCAUGAAGCCACCCUCUAGCAUUCAGUCACUACUUCAAGAAUCUAUUCCUGCACCAUACCCUCUUAUCUAUGCUGGGUUGAUCAACCUGUCGAACAAAUUGGUCAUGGUCGGCGUGAAAGACAACUGGCCGCACGAGGGAGUGGUGAUUUUGGAACUCGAGGAUAAGACAUGGCGGGAAGUGGCUCAAAUGCCCAUCUCCAUGUACAAGAAGUUACGUUGCAACUACUUAAAAUGCUGCUGCGGCGCCGGCGACUUCCUCUUCAUGAAAUCCUUAAUGUGGCCGGCACUACUUACCUUCGACAUGAGGCAGAAGGUGUGGAAAUGGUCAAGCCACCACUACGUUGAGCAGUUUGACUUCUGCAACAGACCGAAGUCCCUAUUCUACUGCGGCUUCUGCUUCGAACCGAGGCUCGACGUCUCCUCUUGA